AUGAAGUUUUGUGCCAAUUUAUCAUUUAUGUUUUCUGAGGGGGCCACGAUAUUGGAAAGAUAUGCUCUAGCGAAAGAAGCUGGGUUUAAGGCUGUUGAGAGUGGAUUUCCAUUUGGACAUACCUUGGAAGAGGUGAAACAAGCUAAAGAAAAUGCAGGCAUAGAACAAGUCCUUAUUAAUAUAAAAACAGGAGAUGUUACUAAAGGAGAAUUAGGAGUAACUGCAGUACCAGGAAAAGAAAAAGAAUUUCAAGCAAAUUUAAGAGAAACUAUUGAUUAUGCUAAUGCUCUUGGCGCUAGGAAAAUACACAUAAUGGCUGGACAAUUGAAUGAUGUAACACAAAAGAAUUGGGAUGUGUAUGAAAGUAAUCUGAAGUAUGCAGCAGAUGAACUAAAAAAAUAUAAUCUGUUAGGAGUUAUCGAGCCAAUUAACCAACAUUCAGUUCCAUCUUACUUCUUAAGUGAUUUUGGAAAAGCUACUGAUAUCAUCAAGAGGAUAGGCAGUGAAAAUUUAAAAUUACAGUUAGAUAUAUUCCAUUUGCAACAUAUUUGUGGAGAUCUAUCCUACAAUAUAAAGAAUCUCAUGCCACAUGUGGGCCAUGUACAGAUUGCACAAGUGCCAAAUCGUAAUGAACCAGACACAGCAGGGGAGGUAAAUUACAAGUAUAUACUUAAAAGCCUAGAGAGCAAUGGCUACAAUGAUUGGAUUGGCUUGGAGUAUAAACCAGCUGGAAGCACAAAUGAUGGCCUAAAGUGGAUCACUAAAUUCGAAUACAGCUUAUAA